AUGAAAGGAGAUAUCCCAGGUGGCAAACGCAGCAUAGUUUUCGACGGCUCCAUUGUGUUUGGAACCGAUUCUAACGCCUUGCGUGUGCUAUUCACAAGCUUAGAUACAAUCGCGUCAAAUCCCCCACCCCUAAAUGACGGUGUAGGUUUCGAUGGCUGGGAUAAAGAUGUGGUCCCCACACCAUCAUCCUCCUGGUCUGCGGUUGCUGGUCUAGUUUUUGAGGAAACCCCUCCGCUGGGAAGGAUUUUGAAGUCAAUUAGUGUCACAUAUGUCACGAAAGCAUUCUGGGCCAUCAUUUCAAGUUCCCUUUGGAUGAAUGCUUUACGAUUGAAUGCAACAGUGACCUUGCCAGAGAAAACUCUGAGCUUAGGGUGCACUGCAAAGAUUAAUAUGAAAAAACGUCCGGACCUGACAAACCAAGAACCCUGGAUUAUAGGUAUUGUCAUGGCUAUCAGCAAUACCAGCUUCGAUUUUACAGUUAAUAUACCAGCUGGUAUGGAUAUAACGAAUAUUGUAUACGAUAUCAUAUCAAGCGCUAUGGAAAUACCGAGGAUCUUUGCGCUCCCGGUUUUCCGAGGAAUUAAUCUCAGAGUAGAGUUAUUCGGAACUAUUGACGCAAAAGUGGAAUUUGUACUACCAAAGGGGCCUUUAAGAAUUAAUGGGCAUGACAUUGGAGAAAUAAUCGAAAUUGUGACAUACCUCUGGGAACAAUUACGAAAUCCUUCUGUUCGUGGAGGCCCACCACCCACUACCGCGCCACAAGCCGCACUAGCGAUAGGGGAGUUUAUUAGCUCCGCCGCCGCCACUACCGCGCUUGCUGUGGUUGAUAUCGCUGAAGUAGUGAUCGCUUCAGGUCUUCUUGGUGGUGCACUUUGGUUGGCAAUGAAAGCAAAGAUCAUCACAAGGAUCGCGCAGCUAGAAGAUAGCAUCGCCGAUAAGAGAUUAGCAGAAUCAAAGAUUCGAGACGGACUUGCAACAUACGAAGAUCCGUCUAUUCCAAAAAUCCAGCCAAUACUAGAUCUACCCGACUUACCGGUUCUGAUAAACGGCGAUUUUGAAACGGGAAACCUGGACGGCUGGGAGGUUCUUCCAGAAUCCCCGGCAUGUUCGUACCAGCUCCUAUCGCCAGGGUUUACUGGCUCCUAUCGAUUUUUAGCCCGAGUCCCUAGCGGGGAAACCAGCACACCGCCUUCUCCUUACUGCGGAAUAAAGCUUAGGCAGAGACUCGCGACGUUUCCAGUUGCGAGCCAAUAUAACUUCACUAUCAAAUACAAAUUUCUAUCCUACAAAAACGAUUGCUACGUUAACGUAUUUGUCAACGGGCGUCAGAUAUUAGGAUGUAGGUCGAACAAUAGGGAUUUGGUCAAUCAGAUACAAACCGCAAGAGCGCAGUUUACGGCAAGCGCCCCUAACGCCUUGUUGGAGAUAUACUGCACCGUUUGUGCUUAUCAGUCUAUGAAUUUUGAGCUUGACUCGAUAGAAGUCUCGACGGUGUUGAUAACGCAAUGA